AUGUCUACUGAAGUUUUAGUUUUAAGAGGUACCUUAGAAGGUCACAACGGUUGGGUCACUUCCUUGGCCACUUCUGCUGGUCAACCAAACUUGUUGUUGUCCGCUUCUCGUGAUAAGACUUUGAUUUCUUGGAAAUUAACUGGUAACGACCAACAAUACGGUGUCCCAGUUAGAUCUUUCAAGGGUCACUCCCACAUCGUUCAAGACUGUGCCUUGACUGCUGAUGGUGCUUACGCUUUAUCUGCCUCUUGGGAUAAGACUUUGAGAUUGUGGAACGUCGCUACUGGUGAAACUUACCAAAGAUUCACUGGUCACAAGUCUGACGUUAUGUCCGUUGCUAUCGACAGAAAGGCCUCUAUGAUCAUCUCCGGUUCCCGUGACAAGACCAUCAAGGUCUGGACUAUCAAGGGUGACUGUUUGGCUACCAUGUUGGGUCACAACGACUGGGUUUCCCAAGUCAGAGUUGCUCCAAAUGAGAACGAAGAUGACGAAACUGUCAGAUUGAUCUCUGCCGGUAUGGACAAGAUGGUUAAGGCUUGGAACGUUAACCAAUUCCAAAUUGAAGCUGACUUCGUUGGUCACAACAACUACAUCAACACCAUCACCGCUUCCCCAGAUGGUACUUUGAUCGCUUCCGCUGGUAAGGAUGGUGACAUCAUGUUGUGGAACUUGAAGGAAAAGUCUCCAUUGUACACCUUGAACGCUCAAGACGAAGUUUUCGCUUUGGCUUUCUCUCCAAACAGAUACUGGUUGACUGCUGCUACUUCUUCUGGUAUCAAGGUCUUCGACUUAGAAGAAAAGAAGUUGAUCGAUGAAUUGAAACCAGAAUUCACCGGUUUCAACAAGGCUGCUGACCCACACGCUGUCUCUUUGGCUUGGUCUGCUGACGGUCAAACUUUGUUCGCCGGUUACACCGACAACGUCAUUAGAGUUUGGCAAGUCAUGACCGCUAACUAA